AAAAAAUCCCUGACAUCUGAGGAGCUCCCGGGAUUUAGCAAGCAUGCCUAGUGGUCGCUGCCUACUCUGAGGAAACGGGUGUACAUACGAGUCAUACCAAGCAAAGUCUGCGUGUCAGUGCAGUCGACUUUACAGCUGGCUGUAAGGUUAGGAACAACUGGCGUUAGGAACAUACAUUUAGACAAUCUUAACAAGUAUUCUAAAAACUCCAUUUUGAAUUUUGUCGGGAACUAUUUUAAAGCGUUUUUUUUUUUGUUGUUACCUUGAUUCGAUGAUAUUAUUUUUUGCGCGUAGAAAAGUUGAGCUGAAGGCUGGGCCCUUUUAGCUGCUCUGUGUCGAUCGACUCGUCCACGUACAUUUAAACUGACUGCGGUCGCAUCAUUUUCCCCUCUAAAAAGCUGGUCUUUUUUUGCUAAACUGUUAAAUGCUUGUUACAAAAAUGGAUCUGUUGAAUUAUCAGUAUCUGGACAAAAUGAACAACAACAUCGGCAUACUCUGCUACGAAGGCGAGGCAGCGCUGCGAGGUGACCCCAGGAUGCACCAGUCCAUGUCCCUGUCAUCAUCUGGCGGCACCAACCAUAGUCACCGGACAGGUCCUCCUCCCAUCAGCCCCGGCAAGAGGAAGCACAGUCUCAGCCACAGCACAGGACAGGACCAACAGGACAAUGAUGACCAAGACUGUGACAACCAACAUGUUGGCAAGAUGAGCCGGCUGUUUGCUGCAAAGCUAGGCAAGCCUUCCAACGGAAACUAUCGUAGUUCCAAGGACCCAAGGGACCGCAGCCGCAGCCCCAUAGAGAGAGCCGCCGCCCCCUCCAUGGGUCUCCAUGGAAACCACCACCUGUACGCCCCCCACCACCACAUGCCCAGCCUGGCCAUGGACCAGCCUCUCGCCCUGACUAAAAACAACAUGGACGCCGCCCGCACUCUCGCCAUCUCGCCCACCGUCAGUCCUGUGGAACGCCAGCAGAAUCGUCCGUCAGUGAUAACGUGCGCUCCGGCCAACAACCGUAACUGUAACCUGUCUCACAACGGCUGUUCCAACAACCUGCCUAACAACUAUAGCAGGAGACCAGCCAGCAACUCCAAUACGGUGAGUGUUGACCCGGUGAUCGAGGAGCAUUUCCGUCGCAGCCUGGGGAGGAACUACAAGCAGCCGGAACCAGUCACUAACUCUGUGUCCAUCACCGGAUCUGUGGACGACCACUUCACCAAGGCCUUAGGAGAGACCUGGCUGCAGAUCAAAGCCAAAGGAAGCUCCUCCUCCUCCCCUGACUCCUCCCCCAACAGUCACAUGGUCAACCACAACCACUCCCCCUCGGUUGUGUCCUGAAGGGGGGAGCUAGAGUAGGCCAAUCAGAGCCAGCUAUACCCCGCCCUGUUCACUGUAACCAACCACAUGGGCUGGUUGAACCGCUACUGGGAGGCUGUGUUCUUGUUUUGCUCCAGCCCUGCACUAACGCCAUCUAACACACCUGGAGCAAGACCCCGAGAAGUAGCAGAUUUUUAGAUUCAUUUAGUUUUCUGUUGUUAUUUAGCUAUAAUGUGCGCUAAUGCAUAUGACCCAGGUGUGCUUUAUAACAGGGCUGGAGCAAAACCCUGCAUCCUCCAGUAGCUCUCUAGCCGUGAAGAGGGUUUGGCCUUGGUCCCUGGUAUAAGACUACCCUGAAUGAUUUGGCCCCACAGAGCUGUGUUAGUAGCUAGCUAUAUAGCCAUGUACAUAACCAUAGAGGAUAGAGAUGAUUUGGCCCCACUGAGAGCUGUGUUAGUAGCUAGCUAUAUAGCCAUGUACAUAACCAUAGAGGAUAGAGAGGUUUCCUUUUUGUCAUUUAGUUGGAUUGUGUUAUUUUGUUGAAGUAGGUUUGCGUUAUUGGAUACCCAAAAGCUUUUGACCAUAAAAGCUAAACGUGAGGAAAGCGUUUGUUUCUAUCCUAUGGAUUCUAUAUGGAGAAGCAUCUCAACCAACCACAUGCCUUCGUUGCCAAAGAAAACUCGGAUGCAAAUCUGUCGCCCCAUUUUUUUAUUUUUUUUUAAGAAAGAAAAAGCCAUUAUUCUUAUUUCACCCAUCUGAUUUAUCCCUUUCCAUCUCUCUAGCACCCCACUGUAAAGAAUUGUCUCCUGUCAUCUACCCUUCUCUCCUCCCAUCUCCUCUUCUCUCCUCUCUCCUCUACCCUCCUCUUCUCUCCUCUCUCCUCUACCCUCCUCUUCUCUCCUCUCUCCUCUACCCUCCUCUUCUCUC